CUCUUUUGUAGUUAGCUUUCAACUAGUGAUUCAAUAUUUUAUACUUCUUCAAGCUAUAUAAAUCACCUGUUGAACUUAUGAUCUAUUCAUCCACGCACACACGCGAACGCGCAUUUAGAAUAUAUAUAUAUAAAUAAUAGUUGAGCGCGAACUAAAACUUUUUUCUUUUAUUGACGAUGAAUGCAACUGAUCUAAAGAUUGGAGAAUAUGAACAAAAGCUACAUAGAAUAAUAGAUACAAUAAAGAAUCGCUUUGAGACAAACACCAAGUCAAUUUCAGACAAUGUCAAAUCUUUUAGAACUCGCAUCGAUGCAUUAGAAGAGAAUGAAAAACGUGCAAUAGAAGAAAUAGAAAAGCUAAAAAGGAGUAUAAAAGAGUAUGAGAAGAAGCUAUUGGAAACUAGAGAUCUCUCGAUACUGGAACGAGAAAAAGAACUAAGGCGAGAACUUGAUGAUCGACGAAGUCAAGUAGAUAAAGAAGUUGAAGAAAUUGGACAAUUGAAAGACUUGAUACAGAAAAUGCAAGCAGAGGAAAAAAGUAUAGAGAUUGAACGAAAGAGCACACAGGCAAUGGUUCAAGUACGAGGUUGCAUAACACACACAGGAUUAUCAAUAGAGCCUAUAUCAGAAGAUGAAGAAUAUGAUAGAAUUAGGUUUACCUAUCGAAGGUUGAACCCUGCUCGACCAAAGAUAACUUAUUCUUUUAUUUUAAAUAUAGCAGAAUCCAGUAUUUAUUCAGGUAUUAGAGAAAAAAAAAAUAACGAGUAAUCAAUCAUUCACCCAUUAUAUCUUCUUUAGUAUCCGAUUGUAUGCCAAAUAUUCCAAAUCUACAGCAUGAAGUGGACGAGUUAAAUAAAAGUAGGAACUUA